UAUCGUCAUAUUGCCCAGCAUUAAUGGUUAGAUUGUAAGAGGAAGUAUCCAUGUGUGAAGGAGAACAUGCACAUUUUGGACAGAAAAGUCCCAGCAGAGAUGUGAAGUAGAACCUUCUCACUGGUAACUGUCACACCACCAUUGGAUCAGUUCUGUAAAGGCACAUUUUUCAGCCACCGAAUCAUGGGAUGUAUUACAGCUUCUACAGGCCAUCUUGUGUAAUGUUGCCCUCGGUUGGUGUAUCAAAACAUGACAGUGAAUAAAUUAUAAAAUAAUCCCAUUAAUAUAACUUUAAUCUCAGAGGCCCCCAGAAAUAUAAACUGAGCGCCUAUGUCAUUAUUUGUGAGGUUAACCUGUGGUUUAGAAGCACGAUUCUGCUUUCCUUAAAAAGUAAUGAAACUUCCUGUCUGUUCACUGUGUUUGCUGGUUGACACAGCCUCACACUCUCUAACGCUUCCAAAAUCAAGCCUCGCCCCCACAUUGCUUUAAUGUGUAAUCAGUCUCCUCCAGCCGCUCACUCCUCCAGCGUCCAAAGUUUACAGUUUCUUCAGCUCCAUGUGUUUGUGAAGAUUGGAAGUUUAACGGCGAAAAGAUGAGACUUCUUCUGCAAACCAUGAUAACAUGUCUGCUGCUGAGGUCAAUAUCAUGCACAACAUCAGCUCCAAUGACCUCCAUGGGAAUAUCUCACAUCUCUACAACAUCACAAUCUCCACCCAGCCCUGAUCCAACUACCACAGAAAUUUCAACUUUCUAUUCUACAUCUUCCACAUUGUCAAAAACUGGAACCGCCCAAACCAGCACCAACCAGGCCACUGACAGCUCUGUUGGGACUCCAACUGCCAACACAGUCUACAGUCCAACCACCUCCAUCGCCAUCAACAAUAUGUCCAGUACAGUCUCCAGAACCAUCAACAGCACCAUGUCCAGCACAGUCCCCAAUACUGGCACCAGCAGCAGCAGCACCAUGUCCAGCACAGUCCCCAAUACUGGCACCAGCAGCAUCUCUCUGAAAACAAGUGGUUCCACCAGCACCACCAAAACCCCUUCUGACAUCACCACAGUGACACAGAAGGAACACGGGCCUGAAGGUCUGAGCUCAAGUUCAAUUACCAUCAUCACUAUUACAGUGAUCCUCCUGGUUGUCAUUAUCCUGGGAGGGCUGUGUUAUUACAAGAUCAGGAGAGCAUCGUAUGGCCGUUUGCUGGAGAGUCAUGAAACUCUUGGAAAUUUCACCAACCCCAUGUAUGACCCUUGAAUUUUACUGAUGGAUCUCCAGAACCUAAAGCUCUGGAGGAAAAGGUCCCAAUGAGAGCAGUUAACAGUAACCUAACAAGUUGCUCCACCUCUACAAUGCCCUUCAGUGCUGCAGGCAUGAGAGGACGGUGGUUACUAAACUCUGAGACUUGAAAACUAAUGUGGUUUAUCUCUGCUCAAGGGACCAUUUUAACUCAUGAUGCACUUUUUAACUUUCCGACUAGUGUGAAUUCAAAAACAUGCGGGGUAAAAAGUGAAUUUAAAUUUAUUAAGAGCUCUAUAUUCUAAGUUAUUUUUCCCAAAAGGUUCGGAAAUCAAUAAUAAGCUGUUUAUCAUCCUCAGUUCUCUGGUUUGGUCCCAUUGCUCAUCUCAGGAAAUGCUGUUUAUCUUCAGACAUGAACAAUGGAGCACAUCCAGCUUUGGUUGAUCUUUCAAAGCCUGUAUGACUGAAUUUAGAGACUUAACCAAAUUAUCAGGCAAAACUGCAGCAACCAAUGUAAUCCCACAAUGUAUGGUGAAACCCACUGGGCUCAGAAAGAGAAAAAUAUGUCAGACUGUCAGAGUAGUUAUACUUUAGUGUACUUAAGGGUGGAGCUAGAAGUUUUUAUAUGGGGAGGCGAGAGGGGGGCAGAACACUUAGGAGGAGGGGGGGCAGUGAGAACAGCAGAGUGGAAGGCCAUUACAAAUGAAAGGGUCAAAAAUAUGUAUUUCUAACAGUUUUUGUUGUUAUUGCUUUUAUUUCAUUCAAAAGAAAAGCUGUUGUUAUUUUUGCAAUGCUUACAGAAGCUUGUAUCGAUGACUUCUUUGUCAAAAUUGAGACUUAUACCAAUGCUUUUUUCACACCCUGAAGCUCUGCCCCUGGUUUGGGUACAUCCUGCUGCUGCGGAGUGUUCUGUGGAGCUGAAGUAUUAUUUUAACCCUUGUGUUAUCCUAGGCAUGUUUACAUUAAAAGUGGGGUCAUCUGGACCCCACAAAACUGAACUUUUCCUUCCAAGGAUUAUUUAUCUUCACUGGUGUCAAUGGCAGACAUAAAAUCCAGUCCACUUUUGUCAUGGGAGGAUCACACAUCAUCAUAAGGGUCGGGUCAUCUGGACCCCAUAAGUGAGCACGAGGGUUAAAAGUAUUACUCAUGAAGAACACAGAGACAAACCCUCACUAAGAGGCAGGAGUAUUUAAUGCUGGAUUUUUAAAUUUAGUCAUAUUCAAGGGCUAAAAAGAUGAAUUUGUUUUAGAGGAAUUUAUCAUUUGUGAAGAGUGCAUUGAAAAUAGUGUUCAGGAAAUAUGUUAGGAUAAAAAUUGUAAUACAAAUUAACCAUUUAACAACAGUGUGGAUGUUCUUUGAUUUACUAUAAUGUUUUUAAUUGUUAACACACCGUAAUAAAGACUUUAUGUUUAAGCAUCAUAGACAAUCUCUCAGGUAUUAAAGGGUUAAAUGUUUUAUUUAGUCACUGUAAUGUUUUUGUGAUCUUUUGAUGUAUAAAAAGGUAAUUAAAUGAUGUUACUUUGGACUA